AGGCGGAACAUUCCGAAUUUGUGUACAUUUAAGAGUAUUGUAAGGGAGCGCCGAUUGAGUUGUUAUUGAAGUAAAACUUAAUGUCCUAAUUGGUUUGUGAAAAAAAUGGUUCAUGGUAAAAUCAUGGGCAUUAUUGACUUUGUAUAGACAGACACACCAACGGACAUAGAGGAAGUAUGUUUUGAGGGGAUAUACACCUCAACUGCCUCAGUAGAUACUGACACUGGAAGUUUUAGUUGACACUUGUUAAUCAUUAUGACUGGUAUGAUGGCGAUGGAAGGACAUUGGUUUCUAGGCCUUCUAGCUAGUGUUGUGAUACUGAUAGCGUGCCACUCCCAAUGCUCAGCCACUACUCUUACAACGAUGGUACUUCACGAGGAGACAAAGUCGUGGGCUGAUGCUAGACAAGUUUGCAGCCAGGAUGGUGGAAAGCUUUUGUCCAUCCAAGAUCAAGAAAAGUUGGCAGACCUCUUAUUUAUGGACACCCUACCAUCUUGGAACAGCCGCGUCAUGACCGCUGAUUUGUGGUUCGGGUUACACACAGAAGUAGGUGCGCCGUGUAACACAGUACAGUACCAAUGGGAUGAUGGGGAACCCCUAGGAAGCUGGUCAGAUUGGUAUGUCGGAUCGUAUACGGAGCCGAACUUAUGUACUAAUGACCUAUGUAUCCGCAUGUCGUCGUCCAAAUGGAAAACCAUCGGAUGUAGUAACCAAUAUGGAUUUGUUUGCGAGAUUCCCGGAGAUUCAUAA